AUGUUCAUUACUAUUCACUCCUUAAUUGCUUCUGUGUCUCUAACAGCUUUGGGAUCCCAGAACACAACAACACAUUUUGUGACUGAGUUUGUCCUCCUGGGUUUCCCUGGUCCAAGGGAGAUGCAGAACUUCUUCUUCUCGUUAAUCCUGGUAGUCUAUCUGCUGACGCUGCUGGGGAAUGGGGCUAUUGUCUGUGCCGUCAAAUGGGACAGGCAGCUCCACACGCCCAUGUACCUCUUCUUGGGAAACUUUGCCUUCCUAGAGAUGUGGUAUGUUUCCACCACUAUUCCAAACAUGUUGGCUAACAUCCUCUCUGAUACCAAGACCAUCUCCUUCACUGGCUGCUUCCUUCAAUUCUAUUUCUUUUUCUCACUGGGCACAGCAGAGUGUUUCUUCUUAUCAGUUAUGGCUUAUGAUAGGUACCUGGCCAUCUGCCGCCCACUCCAUUACCCCUCCAUCAUGACUGGGAAGUUUUGUCUGAUCCUGGUCUGUGUUUGCUGGGUGAGUGGAUUUCUUUGCCAUCCAGUCUCCAUUGUCCUUAUCUCCCAACUUUCCUUCUGUGGACCCAACAUCAUCGAUCACUUUGUGUGUGACCCAGGCCCAUUGUUUCCACUCGUCUGCAUCCCUGUUCCUUCUACUGAGCUUAUCUGCUACACAGUCACCUCAAUAAACAUCUUUGGACCCUUCCUUUUCAUCUUGGGAUCUUAUAUUCUGGUACUCAGAGCUGUGUUUCGUGUUCCCUCUGGUGCUGGUCGAACUAACACCCUUUUUAUUCAGAUUUUUAUUAUCCCACAUCUUUCUUUAAGGUUAUUUGAAAUUUUCAAACAAUGUGAUAUUGUUUUUUUUGUCACUUUGGUAUACUCAGUUGUGACUCCGCUCUUAAAUCCCCUUAUCUAUAGCCUCCGAAACAAAGACAUGAAAGAUGCCCUAAGGAGAGUUCUGGGAUUAGGAAUUAACCAAAACUGA